GGGAGAUCAAUUAAAAACAAAACAGUUAUUCCGUCCUUUCAUUAGGUGAUUGUUCUUAGAUUGUGUCGUUUUGGUAGAAACGUAUAUUAUUUAUCUAUUUUCAUUCGUUCAGUGACCAAUUUAAAUGAGACCAAGGAACAAACUGCUGACCACAACCAAGAAUCAACCAUGAGUAACAAUCAACAGCCCCACACUGUCCCAGUUAGAACUCCUUCUAAGAUGGUAAGCCAAGCAUUCAGCUUCCUCAGCAGUUUUGAGGAAAAUGGAGAUAUGGACAAUUACGACACCAGGCCGCAAAUUGAUACAGAAAAGAGACAUGUUCAACAUAUAUCUGUGAAUAGAAAUGGCAUGAAACCUACAGUUGAGAAUGGUUUACAUACUCAAAUAACACAUGAUGACAAAAAUUGUAUGAAAGAUGGACAAACAAAGCCUGAGUUUACAAUAAUAACAUACGUUGAAAAUGGGGAUAGCAAUGAAAAUCACACAAGCUUAAGUAACUCUAACCAUGCUAGAGAUGAUUCAGGAUAUGCUGAAAUCAAUCCUGUGUAUGAAGUAAAUGAUGAGGAUGAUAUGGGUUCGGAUAGACAAGAGUAUAGGGCGGAACAAUCUCCUGAUGGAACUGUUUCAAUUGAUAAUCAGGGUACUGAACAUAAGGCACAAAAACAAGCUCAAAAAGAUUCUGUUUAUGAGGGAUCAGACAAUGAAAGUGUUGAAAAGACCACACAUUCUGACAGAAACUCGGUUGUUAUUGAAGGAGAGGUGGUGACUCUGAGAAAGCCUUUAUCUCCCAUAGAUAGACAGUCAAGACUACCUACAUGGAAGGUCAAUCAAAAUGUUGUCAGUGAAGCAUUUGGAUUUUUGAAGCUGGAAGGAAAUGUUGAAAAUGUUGAUGCAAUUCGUGAGAGUAUAACUGAGGAGCAAAAUAGCACAAAACAGGAAGAAAAUAAUAGAAGAGCCUCAUUAGAACAAUCAGAUAACAUCAAAACAGCUCAUACAACUUCAGUCAUUCAGGAUGUAGCUAGUGCAAAACAAGAUUUUCAGAAUGAUGAAGCUGAGACACUUAAUGGUGAAAAAUGUCUUGUAGAUGCUGCUGGUGAAGUGUGUAUCGAUAAAGCAACUGCAAUGCAUUCAUAUCAAGACGGAGAUAGUGACAAUGGGAGAAAUGGUGACAAUGGGGAUGAAAAUACAGAGGGAGACAUACAGUCAGCAGAUACUACAGGUGACUUGUGUGACACAGAUGAUAACCUGGAGAGUAAAGACACACUUGGUGAACUUGUUAGGAGACGAAAGAGAGGUGGGAAGAAGUCGAGUCAGUCAGACAAUGCUAACGAUGAUGAUGGUGGAUCGUCAGAUGAAGACACAGGGGUGUACCGGGAGAGUCUUCGGAAUUCAAUCUGGCUGUAUGUGGGUGACGCUGAGGAGAGAAAGCAGGCAGCUAAACAAGACAACUACGUGUCCCUGGCUGACCUGGGCCUCGAUGCAGAUAAUGAUAGCCUGUUUGGUGAUCCUGAGGACACUGGGCCCCUGUCCCCCUUCCCCACCCCUGGCCACAACCGCAACUACUCCACCUCAACCACCGUAUCGGAGAAAGAGUUUAAGAAAGGGUAUCACUCUAUCAGCAAGCGGGUCAUACAGCGGGCAGACAGCACCCAGGAGUACAAGAGAUACACAACCACCAGAUAUGACAACGUGACAGUUGUCACAUUGGAGAAGGAGCCUCAGACGGAGUUUGGUCUGCACAUCCUGGACUGCAAGCCUGCGGUCAUAUCAGGAGUGGACGCUGAAAGCCCAGCAGAGAAGGCAGGUUUGAGGGAAGGUCAGGUUCUCAUCUCCGUGAACGGUGUGAACAUUCUCGACACGGAACACACAGAUAUCAUCAGCCUCGUGCAGAAAGGCACUAAGACGCUAACAAUUCAAGUAGGCGGAGGGGACUAUUUGAACAUCACCGACCUGCAAUAUCCGGUUAAAACCGGUUAUCUUAACAAGCAGACGACGGCAGCCAUAUUUAAGACUUGGAAGAGACGAUACUGUAUUCUGAGGAAGGAUUCCUGCUUGUAUUAUUACAAAACCGAACAGGAAACAGACCCCCUUGGCGCCAUUCCAUUGGCUGGCUAUACGGUCAAGAGACAUGGAGAUAUGGGUAAAUGUGGCUUCAAGUUGGAAAAGUACAGCUGUAAGCCCCUCUACUUCAUGGCCGACAACAGGGACGAUCUCACAAGCUGGGUAGGAGUCUUAGCAGAGGCAUGUAAACAAGACACUAAGAAGGACCCUUGGAUGGAUGUGACAGCCCAGAAUGUGGGUCUCCCCGCCCUGUCUAUCCGUAAUGCGGACUGUGUAGGGUACUUGUACAAGCUUGCCCGUAAGACACGCCGAUGGAGAAAGAAAUACUGCGUACUCAAAGACGCCUGUAUCUACAACUAUAAGAGCUUGAACGCCAAGGAGGCAGAAGGAGUGGCCCAUCUCCAUGGUUACACAGUGGAUGGUUCCGAUGUCUCUGGGAAGAGAUUCAGCUUCAGUCUGCUGCCACCUGAGAGUCAGAUGAGGAAGUUCUGCUUCUACACGGAGAAUAACACCGAUAAACUCAGAUGGACACAGGCCUUCAGCACCUCCAUAAAGAAAUGGGUCAAGGUAGAUUAAGUAGGGGAAACAUACCCGGGAUCAAAUUUUCCUUCCUGCCUGUUUAACCUCUGCUGCUAGAUCAAACUGCAGUGCCACUGCAGCAUCCACAGGUCAAGGCUGACUUAAGCAGAGUGUUUUCAUGGAAACAUUUUGCUGAUUAUAUUUUCAAACAUGAUAGUUGACAAAUUAUUGUGUUCUUUUGCAUUUUUUCCAGUAUUGCGUAUAGAAAGUUUGGUUGGUGUACUAUUUUUAUACUUUUUUGUUAUACAUGAUAGUUUGUGCAGAUCUGUUUAUUAUAUUAUAUUAUAUCCUAAAUUUACGACAAAAGAAAAUCACUUAAACUAGAUUUUCUUGUUUUUCUAUUUUAUCUGGUGUGUUCUUGAUGCCAAAGCUAUUGUUUUGAAUAAGAUUUAUAUGUUAAUGGGACUCGCUCAUGGUUUGUAAAAAGCACUUUUUACGAAAAAAAAAUUGUACUACAAAAUAAAGAGUGGCAAAUCAUGAGGAGUGUUAAAACUAAGAUACUGACAGCUGGAACCCUUCAGCAAAUGCUGAUAUUUGCUCAAAUAUCAUCUUUGAAGACCACAAUACCGUAAAUAAAAUGAUUCAGUGAUUCAUUGUAGAGUGAAAGGUUGAUUGACAUUAUCACCUGAUGUUAUCAAUGUAUUCUGAAAAGGUGAAAAAAUCCAACUACUUUUGUAUAAGGGGUCCUGGCCUAGUAGUUAAGAUGUUGUUUUUCAUUACUAUUCAUGACAUGACCGGGGUUGGUUCGCACCCGACUAAAAUCAAAAUAUUUUUUAUACUUUAUUUGUAUUUUUUUUCUGCAAUUUUGGUAUCAUAGAGUAAAAUAUGUAUUUCAGAUGAAUUACUGAGAAAUGCAUGAAAUUGUGAUGUGAACGAAACAUUGUUAUUUGUUAUUUUAACUAUUUAUCAAACUGUUUUAUAUUGUGCAAUAAGUUGUAUCAAUAUAUUUAAUAUAGAACUUUGCUUUACUGAAGUUUUGCGAAUACCUUUAGAUGAACAUGUUUGUAUGUUUAACAUGUGUUUUGUUUGAGCAUUUAUGCCAAUGCAUAAUAUUAUAAAUUUGAAAACUGUUAUGUAUGUUAGCAACUCUCAGCAAGACUGUGGCGUUUAUAGUGUUAUUUGUUUUGUUUUUUAAAGAAAGCAAUCUUUUCAUUAGUUUUCCUUUCACUUUACUCAAAUUCCCAUGAAAAGAGAUAAUUGUUAUUCAUUGAAUAUUGCAAACUUACUCGCUUAUCUUGUAUUCAUUAUUCAUACAUAACUGGGAAUAUUUUUUGAAAUUUCACAUUCCAAAUAUCUACAGAUCUCAUACAGCCCCUCACAAUUGACCUGACAUGUACAUCUCUGAAGCUACAGCAAUAAAAUUUGAACCAUGUCUACAGUUUUUUAAACAGAAAUCAAUGUUGCUGGAUGACAUUGACUGUGACGUUUUGACCAAUUUUCUUAUUUUUGAAGUAACAGCAAUGAAAUGAAGUAACAGCAAUGAAAUUUUGACUUUGUCUAGGGUUUUGAAAUCCAAUAUCAAAGUUGUCCUGUGAUGACCUUGAUUGUGACCUUUUGACAUACUGUUUUAUUGUUUAAUCUGCAGUAAUGAAAUUUAGACCAUGUGUACAGUUUUCAAAACAAUUAUUAAUGCUAUCUUUGGAUGACCUUAACUGUUACCUUAUAACCUACUUUCUUGUUUUUGAAGCUACAGCAAAAUAUUUGGACCAUGUUCACAGUUUUUAAAACUAUUAUCAAUGUUGUCCUUGGAUGAGCUAAACUGUGAUCUUUUGACCUACUUUUUAUUUUUAAAGCUACAGCCACGCAAUAUGGUUCAUGUGUAGAGUUUUGAAAACAAAUAUCAAUGUUUUCCUCCGAUAACAUUGACUGUGACCAUUUGACCUACUUUCUUGUUUUUGAACCUAUAGCAAUGGAAUUUGGACCAUGUCUACAGUUUUUUUAAGCAGAUAUCAAUGUUGUCCUUUGAUAACCUUGACUUUGACCUACUUUGUUAUUUUUCAAGCUGCAGUUAUGAAAUUUGAACCAUGUGUACAGUUUUAAAAACAAAUAUCAAGUUUAUCCUUGGUUGACCUUGACCUUUUGAUCUACUUUCUUUUUUUGAAGCUGCAGCAAUUCCAUUUGGACCAUGUGUACAGUUUUAAAACAAAUAUUAAUGCUGUGCUUGGAUGACCAUUAUCGUGACUUUUGACCUAUUUCCUUAAUUUUGAAGCUACUGUAAUGAAAUUUCAAGCUUGUGUAGAGUUUUUAAAACAAAUAUCAAUAUUGAUAUUGUCAGGUGACCAUUUGACCUACUUCCUUAUUUUUGAAGCUACAGUUUUGACAUUUAGACCAUGUGUACAACUUUGAGAACAAAUAUCAAGCUAUAGUGAUUACACAGGUAAAACACUUUUACUCUGGUGAGUGAUUCAGGGUUGUCAUGACCCUCUUGUUUUGAUAACCGUUGAUGAUAUAUAUAAGGCUGUAUGUGUGAUUUGGUAGAAGAGGAUUUCUUAUAUAGCACUAUCAUAGUUCACACAAAGACAUGCAUAAUAAGAACAUCAAAGUAGUCUGUAUUUUGGAUUUUCAUUUCAAUGUAAUACUUAUACUAGGAAAUAUCUAAUUAGAUUAGUGUUUUGUUGUUAUGCAGAAUAUAAUUUGUACAUAAAAAAUGGAAGUUAUUUGGGAGUACAGCAUUCUGUUCACAAGGUUGUGAGAUUUUUGUAAGGUUAUUUUGUCUUCUCUGUGUUUGUUUUUCACUCAAAGAGCUUUAUAAGUUCUGCUUUUGUGUUUCAUUUUGCUGUUGUUACUUUGAAAUUCUAUAUUAUACUCACAAUUGUUAAACAGAAAUAGAAGGUGACUAUUCACUAUAGGGCCAUCUUUCAAACAUGUGUAUGUGCCAGUAUGUGUAUGCCCAUAUGUGUAUGGUACCAUAUGUGUUUGCGACCUUAUGUGUAUGCCCAUAUGUGUAUGAUACCAUUUGUGUUUGCGACCUUAUGUGUAUGCCCAUAUGUGUAUGGUACCAUAUGUGUUUGCGACCUUAUGUGUAUGCCCAUAUGUGUAUGAUACCAUAUGUGUUUGCAACCAUAUGUUUAUGCCCAUAUGUGUAUGAUACCAUAUGUGUUUGCAACCAUAUGUAUAUGCCCAUAUGUGAAUGCUCAUAUGUUUGUGCACAUAUGUGUAUGAUACCAUAUGUGUUUGUGACCAUAUGUUUAUGCCCAUAUGUGUAUGAUUCCAUAUGUGUUUGCGACCAUAUGUUUAUGCCCAUAUGUGUAUAAUACCAUAUGUGUUUGCGACCAUAUGUUUAUGCCCAUAUGUUUAGGCCCAUAUGUGUAUGCUCAUAUGUGUAUAAUACCAUAUGUGUUUGCGACCAUAUGUUUAUGACCAUAUGUUUAGGCCCAUAUGUGUAUGCUCAUGUGUGUAUGAUACCAUAGUGUAUGUGCAGUACUCAGUUGUAUUGAUUUGAAAAAAAUGUUGUUGUUUUUUUAACUUUUUUAUCAAUGUUGCCAUAUACAGUCCCAUGAAUGCUGAACAUUUUAUAUUCGUCUGAAUAUGUUUUGAGAUUAAAAACUUUAUAGGCAGAGUGUAAUGAAAAAGAGAAUUAUUAGACUUUAUAAAAACAUAUUCAUAAGAAUGGUGUUACAAUCUUAUAUUUUAAUUUGAUGCUGGCUAAAACUUACACAUCUUGUUUCGACUUACUAUAUAUACAUUGUUUGUGUUGUCAUGUUAUCAUUGUUGUAUGUUUUGACGUAUUUUGUAUUUCUUCUAUAUUAUGUCAGUAUUAUGUAUACUGUGCAGGACACAAUUUGUCACUGUUGUUUUUUGAAGCAUAUGACUACAAGUAUGGUGUUGUAUGAUUCUGCAAGUAAAAUCUGGGUCUGGUUUUACAACAAAAAUGUAAGUUGUAUAACAGAUUUAACUCUGUUUAUUUCUGCUAAAAGGGUUGAUAAUAUAGUAUUUUUACUGUCUGAUCGGGUUACAGGAUUAAUGGCGGGAACCGGAUUCUUGUCUUAGUGUUUUAUGUGAAACCAGGUGAUUUUGGGCUAUUUUUGUGUCGCCUGAAAAGACGACAUAUAGGGGUUACUUUUGUCGGCGGCCGCGGCGUCCGCGUCCCAUUUUCGCUUGUCCGGGGUAUAUCUCCUAAACUAUUAGUGGUAUCAACUUGAAACUUCAUAUGUAGAUAGAUUUAAUUGAGGGCAAGUGCAGUGCACAAGAACUGUUACUCUUGCUUCCAUAUUUUUAGAGUUAUUGCCCUUUGUUAUUUUUCAUGCUUAAAGUUUUGUCCGGGGCAUAUCUUGUAGAAUAUAAGAGUUAUCAACUUGAAACUUCAUAUGUAGAUAGAUCUCAUGGAGGGCAAGUGCAGUGCACAAUAACAGUAACUCUUGCUUUCUUAGUUUUAAAAUUAUUGCCCUUUGUUAAUUUUCAUGCUUAAAGUUUUGUCCGGGGCAUAUCUUGAAGAAUAUAAGAGGUAUCAACUUGAAACUUCAUAGCUAGAUAGAUCUCAUUGAGGGAAAGUGCAGUGCACAAUAACAGUAACUCUUGCUUUCUUAGUUUUAAAGGUAUUGCCCUUUGUUAAUUUUCAUGCUUAAAGUUUUGUCCGGGGCAUAUCUUGAAGAAUAUAAGAGGUAUCAACUUGAAACUUCAUAGCUAGAUAGAUCUCAUUGAGGGCAAGUGCAGUACACAAGAACCGUUACUCUUGCUGCCAUAUUUUUAGAGUUAUUGCCCUUUGUUAAUUUUCUUGCUUAGGUUUUGUCCGUGGCAUAUCUCGUAAACUAUAGGAGGUUUCAACCUGAAACUUAUUCCGUAGGUAUAUCUAAUUGAGGGUUCAAAUGCCACCUACACUUGAAAGUUAAAUGGCAACAUCAUUGUCUAUAAAUGAAUAAAAUGCCAAUCUAACAGCUAUAAUGUCAACAGUAAAUAAUUCGUCAGGCGACACAUCCGACUCGCGGAGUUCUAGUUUUCUUUUCAUAACUACUGUUUGUGUAUAACCUCACCAAUCAAUUAAGCACAGCACGAUCAUAUUGCCAAUUUACAUUGCAAGGACAGUCAAUUUGAACAGCCUCCAAUGUCAGCUUCCCACAGUCAGUUAUAACACUUCAAAACUGCUUUGUUCUCACACCACGUCAUGUGUGAGCAUUAUUUAUAGCAAAGAAUUAAUUGGUCGACAAAUGUAGACUGUAGAUGUAUGCUUUAUGUCCAUUGAGUCCACCUCUUUGGUCGUCUAUUAGUGCAUGUAUAUGCCCGAAUCAUUGAUGCCUGUAGUCGGUGUCGUUUGAUCGGUGAAAUCUUUUGACAGGUCGUAAACAUUCAACACAAUUUGAAAUUUUCUUUGUAGUUUUGGGUGGAGCUAAAGUCACGAUCAACCAAUGCUUCAAAAUCUUCAUACUUCAUCAUUUGCAUGCAGUUAUACCUCAUUGAAAUGUUAUCAUUAACAGUUUAUCAUGCUUACAGUGAUAUUGCUAGUAUUAAAUGUUGUAUACAUAUAGAUGACAUAAAUAAAAUAUAAACAAGGGACAAAGGGACAAAAACAAUGUUAGCCAAUAAUCAAUUGCAGGUAAAAUUGCCUAUUUUCUUUUAUUUAGCCUUUUUAGCUUAUCUGUAUUUCAAAAAUAAGUUGGGUUAUUUGCAUAGCCUUUGGUGUUGUCAUCGGCGUCAUCAUUUUGUAAACCUCUUUGACCUUGGCCAUAACAACAAAACUGUUCAACAUAUUUAAAUCAAACUUAAAGCACAUUUCGCCAGAGACAAUACUCAUAUGUACAACAAGGCUAAACACACUAGCUUUAAUAAUUGUUGAAUUAAUAUCUAUCGAAAACAACCUGAGAUGUAUAUUUACGCUUUACAAUGUUAGAAAUCUGUACACUUUAACUAAGCUGCAAGAAGGUCGCAUAGUCAUUUCAAUUUUGCGGUUAAACUCAAUUUCUAACUCUUGGAAUCUUAAUUUAGUUUGCAGUAAUACAUUUCAUUGGCAAUCAUUUUAAACUUGGACAUAUAUAAAUACGUGUUAAAACACUUAAUUAAUAAUAGCAUUCAAAAUUUUACGAACCACUUCUGCUGACGAAUAUGAAGAAAAAUCCUUGACAUUCUUGCCAUCUUAUCCCGGACAUGUAGACAACGUUAUUGGUUUAGGACAGCUUAGUAUGCUUUAUUUUGUGCACACCAAAAUGUUUGUAUAGAUAAUAGAUUUUUGAAUGUUUUUGUUUUAUAUCUGUGUCCCAUUUGUACAUGGGAAGUCAUUGGGGUACUAGUAUUAAUUGUUGACCUCUUCAUUCAUUAUUACAAACCUUUACAUAUAAAUAAAUAAUAAAUACGUGUAAUACUAUUUACAAUGUGCCAUAUAUCACUUUAAUCCAACUAACUGUUGUACUGUCACACAACAAGUUCAAUGUGUUCACCUUUGUGGGUGUGUUUGAUUGCACUAGAUAUAUCAUUUGUUUACCACAUUUAGUUUCAUUUGUUCAAACCCACAUGUAUUGAUAUAACAAGCAUUUCAAGUCCAAAAAUAAUUGCAGCUGUAUUAGUUCUUCGAGCUUCUCCGAUGUUUGUAUGUUCUAUAUGGCAAUGAGUAUUGUAUCAAUUAGUACAUUAAACAUAUAUAUGUCAUACAAAUUUUGCUCCCUUGGAAUAAGAUAGGUCAUAUAGAUUUGCUAAUGUCAAAAGGUCGAUCAGUCUGUCGGUUGGUAGACCACUGAACAAUAUUUAUGCAAAAGCCUGAUGAAAUUCUGUCAAUAUAAAAACUCGGUUUGUCGAAUGAGCAUGAACGUUCAUUGGUAGAUUGACUUUGGCAAGUUCAUGACUCCUAUUGCGGUCAGUAGGUCAAUAGUCUCAUGAAAACUUUAUCAACUUGAUUAAGGACCAUAAAAUGGUAGUGGUAGGUUGACUGACUAUGACCCCUAUGUUUUGAGGUCAGUGGGAAAAAGAACAUGGUUAAAGUCAGCAGGCAUAUUGAAACUUCUCCGGCACAAUAUCUCAGCAUCUGUUUAACGUAUGGCCACGAAAACGUCAGUGGUAGGUUGAUCUUGACCAGUACAUGACACAUUGGUUUUGGGGUCAGUAGGAAAAAGGACGUCAAGAUAUAAGCCAGCAGUCAUAUGGAGACUGUCGGCACAGUAAUCCUACAUCGAUUUGACUAUCACAAAUUUAGUGUAUGUUACAAUAUGCUGAAUUAAACCUUGACCGGGUUAUGAUUCUUGUUGUUUUUGGGUUAGAAGGGCAGAGGUCAAGGCCACAGAAAAUUGUUUUUAUAUACUAUAGGAUUACUGAUGUAAAAGGCAUGUUGCCUAUUUAUAAGCAAUAAAUUAGCUCCAACUAAGCGCCAAACAGGGGGCAUACUGCUUCACUAUCAUCUCUCGUUACUUAAAUUUAUAUUUAACCUUCGUACCUUUUGUUAUAUUUUCAAAGGUUAUUUGUAUGUUGAAUUUUAUGUCUUUAUGUAUAUUUGUUUUUCCUUUACUAUGAAGAUACUUAUUUUUGGGCGUCCCUUAUUGUUAUACAUUAUUUUAUAUAUAAUUAUGUUAUAACUUGUAUACAGAAGAAUGUUGCACUGUGUUUAUAUGGCGUUUUAUUUCUAAAUCGUUUUCACAUUGAUUUUGCUAUAUAUACAACAAUUAACGGACUAUUGUUUUGUAAUAAAAUCAAUCUUACAGUA